CCCAAGACCAAUUUCAUGCUCUGCUGAGGCUUUAAUUUUCUAUUCUGCAGUGUUUUCUGGCAGAUGCUGGCUAAAAGCUACACCUGGCCAUAUAUUAGGCCCCUUGUUUUCUUACACAAUUCCAUGAGCAAUAAUAAAACUAUGUACUGCUGCUAAGACACUGAAUAUAGCCAUGACCUCAAAACAGAGAACUUUGGCUGGGAUAAAAAUGUGGACCUUAUCCUAUGACUGGAAGUUUGACCUCUGGAAAUCCUGCACGAUACACCACCAUUAACUCUGAUGCUUUAAGGAGUGUAGUCGGAGGCCUGUAAUGACUUUGCAUAAUGAGUUACAUUCUCUUUUUUCAUUGGGUCUGCUCUCUAAAAGAUCUCUGUAUUGUACAGGGGAGCGCGCUAGUCCCCCUUUAUCUCUGGGAAAAAAAAACCCUUGUGGCUACAGUUUGAUCAAUUAAACUCUUGAAAGGGCUCCCCCACCCCCUCCCCUUUUCAUUCCUCUGCCUGAGAGGAAUAUAAAGUUAUCAGUCUUCCCAAGCGAUAUGAGGACAGAAAUAAGUAGUUUGUCUAUAAAAAUGUCCAGGUACUUUAUCAGCAUCCGAGUAGCCCCUGAGGCCCUGGCGCAGUUCAAUGUGGCUCUCCUUUACCACCCUCAUUCUCUCGCUCUCCCCCUGACUGCUUUGUCUCUGCCCGAGGUGCGCUCCUCUCUGACUGGGAUGUAUGCUGCCGGCCCCGCACCUUAGUGGGAUUGACUGGGGCUUGAGCCCUAAGUGAAAUCCCUAUUUUGAGGCUCGAUGUUCGUCGCAACUGUGCUGGUGCUCGGCUGCCUGCUGCAGAGGAACAUUGUGACCACAGAGGGGCAUCGUGGGACCAAGAGCAACGUCUUCUACGCCGUGCAUAUGGACGGGGGCAUCAGAGCCGCCAGAGCUGUGGCCAAACAGCACAAACUGGAGUUCAUACAACGGGUUGGCAGUCUGGAGGGUGUGUACAACCUGAGAGACAGCAGGGGGCGCUCUGACAGAGCCACCUUUGAGAAUGAACUUGCAAAGGCAGCAGGGGUUCACUGGGUGCAGAGGCAGCACAGUCAUUAUAGAGACAAGCGGAGUCGUGUGGCGGGACUGAACCACAGCAGCAUCCACAGUACCCAGAGGAGGAAGUACGCACCUGACGGCCACUCUAAGGACCAGUCCCUCACCUUCAAUGACCCACUCUGGCCCAUGCAGUGGGAGCUGUUUGCACAGGGUGAAUACUCCAGUGGGGUUGAUCUGAAUGUGAUGCCAGUUUGGAGUAACAACAUCACAGGGAACGGGGUGGUGGUCAGCAUCAUUGAUGAUGAAUCGGUUGUUGUCUCGGGGCUGAAGGAAGCUGCUGUCAGUGGCAUCCGCCUCUUCCACCGUUGUGGGUGGAGGUGA